ACUCCACCAGCAAUUCCACAAAGACUGUUAGCAAACACACUGAAGCAAUAAAGACCACAAAAUAAGCAAGAUACUUCUCUAAAAAUGGCAAGACAGUGAGUGAAAGGUGUGGAUUUGACCAGAGACCAUGGCAGCCAACUUCAUACUGCUGCUGCUGCUCGUUGCACUCAAUGGAGCUGAUGGUUCCCUCAUUGUUGGAGGCAGAGAUGCUGCCCCCGGGUCUCACCCCUACAUGGCCUUGCUGCAAGUACGAGGACGCCUCAGCUGUGGUGGAGCGCUGGUGAAAGAGGACUUUGUGCUCACAGCAGCACAUUGUCAGAUGGCCAGACCGUACACAGUUGUUCUUGGGGCUCAUGCCCUGGCCGCUAAUGAUGAGCCUACAAGGCAGGUGUUCAGUUCAGUCCGAUCCAUUCCUCAUCCCGACUAUGACGGACACGCAAACGACAUCAUGCUGCUAAAGCUCAACGGCAGCGCCCAGCUGACUGACGCUGUGAAGCUGAUCUCUCUGAAAAAAGGCCGGAUGAAUACAGCCAGUCGGUGCCUCACCGCCGGCUGGGGGGACGUCGGGGACAACAGGACCUUACCAACCAACCUGCAGGAAGUCAACGUCACCACCCUGGCACAGCGCACCUGUCGCAGGAGAUGGAGGUCUGUUCCCAUCCCCAGGACCAUGGUUUGUGGGGUCGGGGGCGGCAACUUUCAAGGCUUCUGCUCAGGGGAUUCAGGUGGUCCGUUGGUGUGUGAUGGAGCUGCAGCAGGCGUCGUCUCCUUCUCCGGCCGGCGUUGUGGGGACCCCCAGACCCCCGAUGUCUACACACGCAUAUCCUCAUUCAGCGAUUGGAUUACAACUGUCCUGAACAACAAUUAGGCAAAUUACACUGAAUUGUAAUGUGUCAAUGUGCUUCAUUGGAGUGUUCUUUAAAGCAGCUGUUCUCAACCUUGGGGUUGGGACCCCAAUUGGGGUCGCGAGAUGAUUUCUGGGGGUCGCCAAAUCAUUUUGGAAGUCAGCUCUGUCUCCACUGUGUUAAAGUGUUCAUGUGUUUUAGUCUUUUUGGUCAUUUAAUGUCUUUUUUGUUAAAUUUUUGGUCAUUUUGUGUCUUUUUUUAGACAUUGUGUGUCUUUUUUGGUCAUUUUGUGUCUUUUUUUAGACAUUUUGUGUCUUUUUUGGUCAUUUUCUGUCUUUUCUGGUCAUUUUGUGUCUUUUUUUGAUCAUUUUGUGGUCAAUUUGUGUCUUUUUUUGGUCAUUUUGUGUCUUUUUUGUGUCAUUUUGUGCUUCAUUAUUUGUACAAAAUGUGUCGUAUCAACCGAGUUUGGAUGAUCUGAACUGUGAGAUUGUGUUCAGUGAGCGGGGGUCGCGGACAACAUGCAUGUUAAAUUGGGGGUCGCGAAUGAAAAAGGUUGAGAACUACUGCUUUAAAGGACAAAGCUUUUUAUGACAUGCUUUUAUGUUUUUGUCAGCCCCAUUUGUCUGCUUUGUUUUUAGAAUACAGAAUGCAAUCCAAUAGGUCAGGCAAAACCCUUUCAAUACUUUUACAAGUAUUAAGUGAGCUGAAUAUAAUAAUAAAAAUUU